CAGGACGACCUGUCUGGCAAGCAGCCCCCGAAGCCAGACGACCAGGCCAGGAUGCGAUUCGGCUUCAAGCCGCGGCGCGCGACGCAGCCUCAGGAGCGCGGCUUCGACGCCGCGGCCCUCCCGAGCCCCGCGCGCUCCAGGUGCGGGGUGCCUCACGGCACUCCCCCGCGGCAGGCGCCGCCAUUGUCGGCCAGGGAUGGCGCCGCUUGCCCUGCCGGCGUCAGCAGCGCCGCCCACUUCGAGUCCGUGAGCCUAGUGGAGGUAUUGGACGCGAAGUUUGGCGAUUCGCAGGACGUCAAGGAGUUGCUGAACACAAAAUUAGUCACGGACCCGCGGGUCUUCAAGGAACGCAUCGCCGAGGUGACCGACCUCAACACCAAGCUGAAGGACGCGCUGAAGCGGGUCUGCGAGCGCCGCAGGGACGCCCGCGAGGCGUUGGCGGCUGCCCAGGCAGACAUCGACGCGCGGUUCAGGGCACAGGUGGAGGAAGGCCACAGCCAGCGUUCCGUGGCCGACGGCUUGAGCCAGCAGUUGCAGAGAGUGGGUGAAGAGUUGGACCGAGUGAGCAAGGCGAACCAGACGCUGGAGAUGGCGCUGAAGGAGCACGGCCGCCAGGAGCGCGACCUCCGAGAGGAGGUGAGGCAGCACCAGAAGCGGCUCGACGCCGCCACCAGCAGGGCCGCCGAGGUGGAGAAGCAGAACGAGGGCCUCACUGGGGCCCUGGAGCAGUCCAGGGAGGAGGCGACGGCCGCGCUGGCUGCCGCCGACGAGAAGGAGAAGGCGGCGGCGGAGGCCGUGCGGGAGCUGCGAGCAGAGCGGGGCAGGUUCGACGCGGCUCUGGAGGAGCAGCGCGCUCAGGCCGCGCUGUCGCUGAGCGAGGCGAAGGCCGAGGCUGCGAAGCAGCUCUCGGAGUCGGCCUGGGAGUGGCAGCGACAGGUCUUGGAGCGCGAGCUGCAGCGCGAGGGCGGCGGCUCGCAGGAGGCGGACGCCAAGCGCGCAGAGUGGAUCAAGCAGGGCACGGCGGAUGCGAAUGAGGAUUCACAAAGCCGAAUCGAGGAGAAGAUUCCCGAUGCGGACAUCUGGGCAGAUCUGUGCCACACGCUGCAAGAGUGUCGCACUGCCCACGAAACGCCCGCGUGGCUGCCGGACUUGUUUGCGCAGCCGCUCGCUGGCGGCAAGGAGGGCAUGGCCGAACGGGCCACGUGCAAGCUUUGCAUGAAAGAGCUGACAGCGGUCAACAUGUGGCUGGGGGACUUCAACACGUGGGCCAAGGUCGGUGUGCCAGUCCACAAGGGUGACGAGUCCGAGGCUGGCCACAAGCCGAUCAUGGUCAGAGACAUCAUCACCGCGCUGCGUAAAUUAUUCUCUCGCUACUCCGACAGGGGGGACAGCGCCAUCGUAGUCUCCACCGCGCAGGGCAAGGUCAUCAAGACUGCUGGCGGCAGGAACAUAUUGAAGCCUCCAACGCCAAAGGCAAACAUUUAUGCACCAGAAGAAGUAUUGUAUUCGAACAAGUGGUUCUACAUCGGAUCUAGCCAGGCCAGCGAGGAGUCCCUGCAGUCGACGCUUGACGAAGCGUGGUCGAAGGAAGAUCCGUUGAGCCCAACUCCUGAGAACAUCGUCGAGGAGGUCAUCGUGUGGGUCCACGACAUGCAGAAGUGGAUCAAGGUGCCUGUGCCCAACUUCGGAGGGUGGAGUCGCCCAGGUGGUCGCGAGAGCCAUUGCGUGGUCCACCUCAAGAAGUGCCUGAUGAAGGUCCUCGAAGAGCGCGGGCUUGGCACCGCCGACUCCAUCCCCACUACCCGGAUCUGGAGGUGCUCUGGCGGCGCCACGGCCGUUGCAAUCGAGCCGCCGCUGAAGCCGAACACGGUCAUCGCCGCGCAUCUGAGCUACUACGCGUGCCUCGACCAGCUUGUGACGGUCAAGACGAUCGACGUGGAGAGCAAGAGUCCCAAGACGUACUCCAUCGUGGCGGAUUGGGAAUCCGAGUGGAUGGAUGACUUCGGUCCGAACUGA